CUUCGAUCAGUUCAGUAGCAGGUAUAGGUAACUUGUAAUAAGCUGCUUAGUUUCAAACACUUAUUUUGUGAGAAAAUACACAUCCCUAGUACCUACAUAACGACCAUUAUACAUCCAUAGAGAUCGUGAGUCACAAUCAGUUGUGAAGGUUUUACAGCGCGAUACUCCAUUUAAUAAGCUGACCGGCAAAUCAAAGAGUCAGUUUGCUCUGUGAAGUAAACCAUGGGUGUUACUCUUCUAGAUGGUGGUGUUGCCACGCAGUUAGCCAACCAUGUAGACAUUACAGAUGUUGAAAAGGAUGAUCCCCUAUGGUGCGCCCGGUUCUUAGUCACGAAUAAAGAGGCCAUCAAAAAUUCGCAUAGAGAUUAUGUCAGAGCUGGGUCAAAUAUUAUUGAAACAUGUACCUAUCAAGCAAGCAUUCCUGGCUUUAUGAAAUACCUCAAUCUGAAUCUUGAAGAAAGUGUUCAACUCAUCCAGGAGGCAGUUACGCUAGCUAGACAAGCGAUUAAGGAGGAGAGGCAAAUCAACCCAACCAUUGGAAAUGUUUUAGUUGCGGGGUCUUGCGGCUCUUAUGGCGCCUAUCUUCAUGAUGGGUCUGAGUACCGAGGUGAUUUUAUGGAUAAAGUGAGCCUUGACACAAUUGUGUCUUAUCAUGAGCAAAAACUGAGGGCUCUAGUUGAUGCCGGAGUAGACCUUAUUGCCUUUGAGACAAUACCGACACAAGCCGAAGCAGAAGCUCUUGCUGAACUCCUCAAAAAAUUUCCAAACAUCAAAGCUUGGAUAUCAUUUUCAGUGAAGGAUGAAUCUCAUUUAUCAAGUGGUGAUGAUUUUGUAACAGCUGCUAAUUCUGUCUGGUGCAAAAAUCCAGAUCAGAUUAUCGCUAUUGGAGUAAACUGUGUCAAUCCAAAUUUUGUCACACCUCUUAUCUCUCCCAUUGUGGAAAAAAUCCCCACUAUUGUGUAUCCGAAUAAUGGUGAACUCUGGGAUGACGUAAAUCACAAGUGGGUUGCUCAAGAUGGAAACAAAGUCAAACCUCUCACAGAUUACGUUUCAGAAUGGCUUGAGUUAGGUGUCCGGUACAUCGGGGGCUGCUGUCGCACUUCUGCCACGGACAUCACAGAUUUCAAGCAGUUAAUUGAUGCAAGAACAAGAGGCCCCAAUCAAUAAUCGUGAGCAAUUGACCUCAUCAGUGGACGAAUAUGGAUUUCUUGAGAGAUUGAUUUUUGUGGCAUUGGCUUGAUAAAUCGGAAACUGUGCUCUUCGCAGAAAUCAUUCUCUAGUUUGUGAGCUGUGAGCAAUUUUUUCCAUUUUCAUGACAACAGAGCUAGUAAAAAUAUAUUUUAAUCCAA